UUAAGGAGAUAUUAACGGAAAACACUGACCAAUCAGACCGCGCGUAUACCGUUGGAGCGCCCGCAGUAGCGUAGACUACGCGCUAGGCGGCCGCCUUGCUAAUAGCAAAUUUAUGGUUAAAGCGGCCAAUCGGACUGCAGAAAAUUCAAAUAUAAAUUGACAUUGAGAGAGUCUCCUUUUCAAACGGCGGUUACAAUUAUGGGAAAGUCGCAAGCGAUGUAAAUAUUGUUAUUAAUUAUUUGAUGGUAUCGAACGAUACGUUAAUGAGUAAGAAUGUCGGAUAGCAUUAAAGUUGCGAUUAGAGUGAGACCGUUAAUAAAACGCGAGAAAGAAGAGAAUCAAACGAUACAAUGGGUAGUUCAAGGGAACUGUAUUGUCCCGACCGAUUCGGAGAUGAAAAAACGUGGAGAUGGAGGAUUUUGCUUCGAUCAUAUUUUUGAUACCGAUGCAACUAAUAUGGAUGUUUUCAAUACUAUCGUGAAGCCUAUUGUCGAUGCUGCUGUGAAUGGCAUCAAUGGAACGGUGUUUGCCUAUGGGCAGACAAGCUCUGGUAAAACGUACAGCAUGCUCGGGACAUCCCAAGAACUCGGGAUAGUCCCACUUGCGAUUGAUUAUAUGUUUGACGCGAUUGGAAACACUAUCGGAAGGGAAUUUUUAUUGAGAGUAUCAUAUUUAGAGCUUUACAACGAAAGAGUCAACGAUUUAUUGAACAAAAAUAAUACCGAUUUGAAGCUUAAAGAGGACGGUAAUGGACAAAUAGUUUUACAAUGUAAAGAAGAAAUCACAAAUUGUCCAGAGAGCGUGAUAUCUUUGAUGAAGAAAGGAGAUAAAAUAAGAAGAAUUGGAGAAACUAACAUGAACGAACGUAGUAGUAGAAGUCAUACCAUAUUUAGAAUUACAAUCGAAAGCAGAGAAGCUGAAGGAGAUUCGGAUGGUGCUAUACAAGUCUCCCAAUUGAAUCUAGUAGAUCUCGCUGGUUCUGAAAGAGCACGACAAACAGGAGCAACAGGCGAAAGAUUUAAAGAAGGACGACACAUUAACAUGUCUCUAUCAACCCUAGGAUUAGUAAUCAUGCAAUUGAGUGAAUCUCAAGAUAGCCAGAAACAUGUUAAUUUUCGUGACAGUAAAUUAACAAGACUGUUGCAGAGUUCGCUUGGCGGUAAUGCUAUGACGGCUAUACUGUGCGCCGUGACUCCAGCUGCUUUGGAAGAAACUCAAUGCACUUUGUCGUUCGCAUGUCGCGCUAAAAGUGUAAAAAACAAGCCAGAAAUUAACGAAGUUAUGUCCGAUGCAGCACUUUUGAAACGAUACGCGAAACAAUUAUCGAAACUUAAAGCAGAAUUACAGAGAAUAAAAACAGAAAAUCGCGUAGCAGAAGUUAAAGAGAUGGAAUCGAAAUUACAGGAAAAAGAACGCGUCAAUCAGUUGUUGGAAGAGCGUAUAGAAUUGUUGAAGACGCGAAUCGUGUCUGGAGAUACUACGAAUCAAGAAUCGUUCAAGUAUAAAUCUAAACGAAGACAAACAUGGGGCGGUCCGGGACUGUUUAAUCAACAUUUGCCUUCUUUUAAGCCUGCAACUGAGUUAUCGCCUAUAAAAAAAAUGUCUUGCGAGAAGCCACAUAACAGGAAGAGUAUCAUUCAAUCCGCAGAUAUAAUAAAUCAAACAUUUCAAACGGCUUUCACCGAUUUCGAAUUGGAAUUAUUUGAAAGUGAAAGAGCUCGCGAAAGUAGAGGAGACGUUACCGACAGCGACGACGAAUCGUUCGUCACGAAACGUAAUCGUCGUGUUACAUUUAUGGAUGAUGUAUUAAUCGCUAGAUUCAAGGACAGUAUAACACCAGAAAAAAUUAAUCUUAAUAUAACACCAGAGAAAUGUGACACAGCAACUCAAACGCUAAGUUAUGAGGUGUCUCCUUCCACGCCAAAACAUAUUUUACGACAAUGUAUCGAAGAUUUAGGAAAGGAGUAUGCGGAACUCCGUCAAUUUACAGUUAUGGAGAAGCAACUGAUAUGCCAAGAAAAUAAUAAUUAUUGCACGCAUAACAAGGAGCCGUUACAGUCGAAGAAAUUGAAGUUCGAUUCCGAAGUCGCGACGGCAGACACUACGGAAUCCGUGAAACAAAGCGAAGACGUUACAUCUAAGGAGGACGAGUUCGAGCAGAUUAACGCCGAGUUGAAAGCCACGUUAAACCAAAUAUCCGCGAAAUUAGAAUCGGAGGUAAUUUCAGAGCGAGCUGCGAAAGAAGAAGCGAUUGAAAAAAUUUCGAAGCUAGAAGAAUUUAUUCAAGAGAUUGCUUCGGAAAGAAACAAAUUUAAACGUAUGAACGAUCAAUUAAUAGCUGAAUUAAAUCAAAAGACUGCCAAUUUCGAAUCGAAAUUUGGAAAUGAACAGGUGACGAUAAAGGUUACCGAAUUGGAGAAAAAGAUUGAAGAAGUUAGCAACGAAAAAGAUGAACUUGAACAUCUUAAUGCAGAAUUGCAAUCGACAGUUGUAUUAGAGCAAACCGAGCGUCGAAAGGCGAUUGAAAAGAUCUCUGAACUGGAAAAGGAAAUUGAAAAUAUAACGCGUUCGAAAUGCAAAUUGGAACAUGUUAAUACGGAAUUGAAAUCGAGGAUAACAUCGGACCAAGAUACAAAUCGAGAAGCGAUGGCAGUAAUUUCCGAGUUGGACAGACAAAAUAGAGAUAAUGAAGAAAGAAAAGAAAUGGAGGAUACUAAUUGUGAAUCAUGCGACGAACAAAAUGAGAUUUUAGAAUUGGAAGUGAAAAACGAUACGGAGAAAGAUGUAGAAAAUGUAAUUGUCGAUGGCAAAGGGGCUAUAAUGUUAGAUACGGAAUUAAAAAUGAGCGAAUCUAAAGAAAAUGUUCGAUUGGAAAAUCAGGAACUGAAUGAAACAAAAUGUAACGUUGAGAGUCUCGAACAGGAUGUAGAAACUCUUCGAAAGACUAUUUCUUUACUGAAAACUGAGAAUACGGAAAUAGCUGGCAAAUUAGCCACAGAGCAAGAGAACGCAAAGAGGGCAGAACUUGACCUUCAAAAAACAAUCGAUGAACUUUACAGUCGCAUCAGCGAAGUUACAGUGGAGAAAAUUAAUUUAGAAAGCAAUUUAGAAGCUUUGAACGACGAAUUGAAGUCCACGCGUUCUAGAAUAACGGAAACUCGAAGCGAGGAACAAAUAGUUGCGACGUAUCAAAAUAAAAUCGAUAAUUUAACAGCUGAGAACAUUGAAUUAUCGACUACUAUCGUGGAGAAGAAUAACGAGCUUAAAAGUAUCAAAGAAACCAAGUCGCUUUUGUACGAUCACGAGUGCAUUUAUAAGGAAGAAGUAGCUGUCCUCGCUCAAAAGAACGAAUGUUUAGAAUUACAGAAUAAUGAACUUUCUACGGAUUUAAUAAACAAAAUAGAAGAAAAUGAUGUGCUGAAGGAACGAUGCGAUAUAUUGAAAAGCAAAAUAGAUCAGUUUCAAUUAAUGAAUGAGAAUUCUGUCGAGAAUAGCGAGGAUCAUUUAAGAUCGCAGAAUAACAUGUUGAAGGCAGAAAUAGCAGAAUUGAAGGCGAAAAUGACGAUACUUUCUGAAGAGAACACUAAAUUUUCCAACAACUUGUUAGAAGCAAUGGAAGUUUUCGAUCGCUCUACAUCCGAACAAUUACGAGAUACAUUGAUAACAUUCAGCGACAGUAUCGAGACUGCAAAUUAUAUCGAGCAAAAUAUUGUACAGACAGAAAACCACGAAGUACUCGCGGGUAUAAUUACAACGUUACAGGAGAAAAUUGGUUACUUAACUCGCUUAAAUAAAAAGCUUAGCGACUUGAAAUUAACUUCCUGUAGUCAGUGCGCGCACUUAAGAAAUUUGAACGAGAGUCGCAGAGCUCUUAAACUCGAGAAGAAAGCUCUGACUCAGAAACUAGAGGACCUGCAAGGUAAAUUAGAUCGCAAGUGCGUAGAUGUCGAAAGGUUGAAGGGAAUAAUCAGCCGAGAAUUGAAUUCGAGCCGACACGAUGUUUCUGCGAACGUGAGUUUCGUGGACGAAGGAAACGUGAGCUUCGUCGAGGAGAGAAUUCGGAAUCUGAACGACGAGUUACAAACGUUAAAGGCAAAUCAUGAUAAAUUAUCGAUUCUGUACGAAGAUAAGUGUAACGAGUUUACAGAGUUCCAGGUUCAGGAAAAGAAGACCACGGAUGCAACGAGUACCGAGUCAAAGGAACGUUCGAGUGAGAGUAGACGUAGAAUAGAACAAAUACAGAAUCAUAUCGACCGAUUGCGAGACAAUAUGCACGAACUCAAGACGAAGAGCGUGGAUUUCACUGUUACGCUCGGUGAAUUGAAAAAUGAAAAAGAAAUGCUCUUGGAUGAAAUCGACGCAUUGAAAGCUGCUAACGAGGAGCUACGACGGGAAGUAUCUAGUAACGAGAUCGCCUUGAUAGAGAAAAUACGAGUUCUCGAGAAUGAAUUGUCUAACACGAGUAGCGAGAUGGAACAAUUUUUGGCGAGGGAAAAGGAUCUUGAACGCAAGAAGCUAACGUUAGAAACUGAACUAGAGGAACUGAAAGCGAAGGAAGAGAGUAAGAAUACAUUAGUUGAUCAAUUGAACGAGCGUAUAGAGUCUUUGAAAAAUGAAUUAGAUUUAGUUACGAGUCAGAAAAACUCGGAAAUAGAACAACAAGUCUCAGUUAGAAUCAAAGAAUUGGAAGUACGCGUAAACGAUCUUCAAUUGGAUAAAACGAAACAGGAAUGCUUGUACAAGGAAGUCCAAGAAAAAGUAUUCCAGAUAGAAAAGUCAUUGCAAGACAGCGAACAAGCAAAAUGUAUUCUCACGGAAAAAUUGCAAGCAGUCGAAACUGAGUUAACAGAUUCUAAAAGUAAAUUAGAAAGUAAACACAAAGACGAGCUUGAAUCGCUGUCUCUACAGUACGAGCAUCGUAUCGAAGAAUUUGAAAGCAAUCUUAAAACACUUAAAGAUACUUUAAACGAGCACGUUAAUAAAAAUCUGGAAUUAACGAGCGAACUUUCCAGACUGCGAGAUAUUGAGGAGAAAUGCAAUGCCACGAUCAUCGAAAACGAACGCGCAGUUAGCAACGAGAAAGUAUUAAUUAACGACAACGAAAAGCUCAGCGAGUCGUUGAACGACAUUAGAAAAUGUAUGACGAAAGAGUUAAGGUCGCUCAAGUGUAACAGAACUUCAGAAGAUCUCUCAGGUAAAUCUGUGAACGAGAUCUUCGUGAUCUUGCUACAGACGUUCGUGUCGAAAGAGGAGGAUAUGAUUAAAACCAUACGAGAAAGAUUUGAAAAAGAUAAACAGAAAUUGGUGGACGAGAAACAGCAAAGCGCGGAUACCGAGAAACGUGCCACGAUAUGGGCGAAGGAGUUGGAAGCGGAAAUCGAGAAGCUUCAAAAUGAAUUAACGGAACGGGAACGCGUCCAUAAGGAGUAUGAAAAUAAUAUUUCGCAAUUAGAGCAUCUUUUAAGAGAGAGUAACCACGAGAACGAGAUUCUCAAAAGCAACGUGAAGGUGCUCGAGGCAGAUUUGAACAACUGGCAGAUGGAAUUCGAGAAGCGAUACAAGGUCGACAAUAGGCAAGAAGAAGAUUUAUUUAUCGCUCAUAAAAAGGAGAAAGAAACCCAAGAGACAUUUAAAAACAAAGAAAGGGAAUUAGAGUCGAAGAUAGAAUCGGAGAAAGAGAUAUGCGAGAAGAAGAUAAGCGAUCUGGAGUAUACUAUAGAAUCUUAUAAAACAAAGAAUUUAGAGUUGAAUAGCACCGUCGAAGGGCUCGAGGCUAACGAAAAGCAACUGCAGAAUAUCAUAGAAGCGAACUCGAUCGAGAUUAAAAGGAACAAUCAAAAUAUAGAGAGGGUUAACUUGGAACUCGAACAACUCAAAGAAGCUUACAACGAAAUGAUUCAGAAAGUAGAGAAAAAGGAUUCGCAUAUAGAAGAGAUUGCAAAAGUUUUAAAGAAGAAAUGUGACGAGUUAUCAGAGUACAAGACGAAGCUUGAAACUAUAAUGCCAGAAUGCGAAACGUUAAAGGAGAAGAUCGAGAAACAAAAGUCGUCCAUAGAGCGAUACAAAGGUGAAACGGAGGCUCUGCUCGCGGAAAGGGAAGCGCAGUUGGAAAUAAUCAAAGACAAAUUGAAUUCCGAAGAGAUAAAGAAUGCUGGACUGGUCAAACAGUUGAACGAACUGAAUAAUAAGAACGUGGUACUGAUAGAGAAACUGAACGAGUUGAAAGAAAAGUACGAGGAGCUUAGACAAGAAAAUGCGAAGCUGGAGAGGAAAGGCAGGAACAGUACUAGCAAGAUGGAAAUGGAAGCGAAAAUAGAGGAGCUGAAAGAGACGAAUGGAAGGCUGUUGAAUAAUUUAGAAGGAGCGAGCAAUCGCGUGACCGAGCUUCAAGAGAUUAAAAAUCAGACGUUAAAAGAGGUAGCUGAUUUAAAGGGUAAGGUUGAAGUCUUAAUGAAAGAAAACAGCGAGCUUAAGACGACGUUGUCCAAAAACAGCAGUUUGAGUUCGUUGAUAGAUGAAAGUAAGUACAACGCGCUUCUAUUAGAAAAGAAUUCAAUCGUAUCAGAAUUAGAAGGUAAGAAAUUAAUGGCUGGCCAAAAGGAUAACGAGCUUAAAGAGUACGCGAGACAGGUCCAACAACUCACAGACAAGAACAAAGAACUGGACGACGAGCUGGAGGAAUACGCAGGAAUAAUUCGAGAACGAGACGAUGAAAUCUCCAAAUUAGAGAACAAAUUAUACUCCCGUCUAACAGAGAACGUACAUAUCAACGAGCUAACUGAGAAAAUAAGAUGCCUGAACGAAGUUAACGAGAAACUUCGAGAUCAGAUCGAUGGGUUCAAAAUGAAAUUGGAAAUGGAUGUAAGAGACGUUGAAACAACGCAGGUAAAGGAUAUUAUUGAUAAGUUGAAGUCGGAAAAUUUGGAACUGCUAACGAGAUUGAACGAUUACAAGAAACGAGAAGAAAACGCGAAAAGAAAAUUCGAGAUUCUUACGUCUAAUAAAAACCUUUACGAUUACGAGGAAAAGUGUCUGCAAUUGAAAAAGAAAAUUCACGAAUUGGAAUUGGAGUUGGUGUCAAAAAAUGGGAAAAUCGCGACGUUGGAGAUUCAAAUUCAAAGCGAGAGCUUCCCGUAUCAAAAGAAGUGCAAAGAAUUGGAAGAACACUUGCUCGCUUUUCGCACUAAGAAUGCAUAUUUAAAUUCCGAAAUAAGGAAACUACAAAGAACUCUAAACGAUGUUAAUACGUGGGAAUGCGAAGUGUGUAGACGAUGGCGUCUCAAUAGAAAUGAUCAAGCUUGCCAAACACUUCCCAACGAUUCUAUACGUUUCUGCAGCACUGGCAGCGGAAUUGUCGAGGAUUAUAUAAAAAUUCAAAAAUUGGAAAAAGAAAAAGCGUUAAUGAAAGCUCUAUGCCGUUCUCGAUGUCAACGUAUAAGAGAACUAGAGGAUAAAAUAAAGGAACUGGAAUCAACGUAACGUUCAAUUAUUUGAAACCCAAUUGAAGCAUUUGGAGUAUCAAAACUCAUCUAUAGCACGAGUACCUCAGGAUCGGUAGACCCGUACUACAGCUAUGCUCAAACAUAACUGCAGCCCCUGAGGGUAAUGUGUAGCAAAAUUCAUUAGACAAAUGAGAGAAAAGUUGUAUAUAUAGUUCUCUCGUAGUUUUAUUGUAAUAGGAUAUUCGAUGUCGUGUCAAUUCUUCGCUUUUAGAUCUUAAGUGCUUUAUGUUAAAUGUACAAACAAAACCUACUUAUCAAAUUUGUUUUGAGAUAAUUAUAAAACAUUUAAUUUCUGUCGAUUUUUAUUACAUCAUAUUACACUGUACAAUCAUAUAAACGAUAUUAUUACAAACAUUA